ACGAGGGAAGGCAGGCGCCGCGAGCCAUUGCCCGAGGGAUACCCCGGGGAAAAGCGGCCAAGCUUUCCGUCACGGACAGGUCUUGGGAGUUGCUGGUGCUGCAAUAGGGAGGGCGGAGAGAGGCGGCAUUGCCACGGGAUGGGUGGCAGCUGCCGAGCGACUUACCCCGGUGUCAAAGGGUUUCUUAGCAGAAUCCUGAUGACUCUCUUGAAAAGGUCCUUGGGGUUGCUCCUACCCCAAAUAAGCACAGCAGCAAAUCAUCGACAUUUCAGCCUCAGUGGUUUGCUCAGUGCCAUCCAGAAGAUGACUGCUGUGCGGGUGGUAGAUAACAGCUCUCUGGGGAGCGCGUCACGCCAUCGGCCUCCGAAAUGCAUCCACGUGUACAACAAAAGUGGAGUGGGCAAAGUAGGUGACACAAUCCUUCUGGCUAUCAAAGGAGAAAAGAGGAAGGCCUUAAUUGUUGGGCACAAGAUGCCCAGCGGGCCCAUGAAACCCAGGUUUGAUUCUAACAACGUGGUGCUCAUCGAUGACAAUGGGAGUCCAUUGGGGACAAGGAUUAAGGUCCCGAUACCAUCUCUCCUUCGGAAAAAGCAAGGAAAGUUCUCCAAAGUGUUGGCUAUUGCGCAGAAGUUUGUCUGACAAAGCAAGGAAGGGUGUGUGUGUGUGACAGUGGAGCAACUAUCCAUCUGAUUUUAAUUCCUCCUGGCUCCAAUGAAGAAGAAUGAAGGAGAAUUGUGGGGCGCCUUAGCAUCUGUAUAUGGACUGAAAACCUCUUACUAAGACACCUGUUUUGAAAGACAAGUUGUUUCCCAUAUUGUACAAACUGUUUUUCUGAUGUGAUAUGAUUAAAGUUGAGAAUGCGAACCUCC